GACGGACUGACGGAUUACUUUAAUCCCUCCAAGCUGCGGUCUGGGCGGAGCCUCGCUACGCCGGUUGCCCCAAUGUGGUUGGUGCCGAUCCACCUCGUUUACCAUUGAGGAUGGGAUGGGUCGGAAGCGCAAGAGGUCCGACUGCCUUGGGUGACACACGAACUCUGCUAUUCUUGGGGACAGAAUACGAGUUCACCAUUAUGGAGUGGGACAAAACCACUCCUGUGAGAGAGGGCUUGACCACUCCUCAGAGGGAGGCACGGACUAAUGGAUCGAAUACGGUGAUGGCUGAUAGUAAUACUGCUCAUUCUCCCAGCAGUCUAAGCGGAGGAAUGCCACGCGGGGGACAGUGCCAAGUUGCCAACCUUACUGGUGUUAAGCAUAUCCGUUCUCGGUCAUUUCCCGGCGUUGGCGAUGACAAGUGCCCAGCCCAAGUGGACUCUUUUUUUGUGGACUGAUGCCGAGUAUUAUUACCGUGACGGGGAGGAGAUGGUAUUAUUGAUGGUAUUGCUGGUAAUAUUGAUAAUAAUAUGGGUGCCUGGAUAUCAUGGAUGCUUGGCAUCUGACUGACCAAUUUUAAUAGGGCAAUUCUUUCCAUUAGUCACAUUGAU